AUAGUUUGAAAUGUCUGUCAAGAGACCAGAGUUGUGUGACGUUUCGGCAAUCGGUAUCGGUAAACUGUUUUGUGUUAGUUAAAUCCUAAAGUAACAGAAUCGAGUAUAAAUAAUUUGGAAACUGAAUCUCACCUUCUUUCAUACUGUAAUUAAUACAAACAUCAUUCAAUCAUGCAUGUAAAUAAUAUAAGGAUAGUGAAUAACGAUAGAGGAGUAAUAAUUCUUCUGUUCAUGGUGGUCUAUGUAUUUUACAAUCCAACAAAUAGUGGAGCAGUAGAAUUAAAUCAACAGAAUUUAGAUAUGACUUUAGCGUCAAAUGAAUUAGUUUUUAUAAACUUUUAUGCGGAGUGGUGCAGAUUCAGUAAUAUAUUGAUGCCGAUAUUUGAUGAGGCAGCUGACAAGGUGAAACAAGAAUUUCCUGAUGCAGGAAAAGUGGUAAUGGCUAAAGUUGACUGUGAUAAAGAAACUGAAGUAGCGUCCAGAUUCCACAUCACCAAAUAUCCUACUCUUAAAAUUAUUCGAAAUGGUCAACCUGCCAAAAGGGAAUACAGAGGCCAAAGAUCAGUCACUGCAUUCCUUGACUUUGUUAAAAAGCAACUUGAAGACCCCAUCAGAGAAUUCUUCAGUCUCAGUGAACUGAUGUCACUAGAAUCAAAUAAAAGAAUGAUUAUAGGUUACUUUGAUAGGAGAGAUCAACCUGAAUAUGGUAUAUUCCGAAGGGUAGCUACAAACUUGAAGGAGGAUUGUCAAUUCCAUGUUGGAUUCGGUGAAGCUUCUCAGCAAAUGCAUCCCCCAGGCCAUCCCAUUAUUGUAUUCCGACCUGACAAAGAUAGAUCCAAUGAUUUGGAUGUAACAUACAAUGGUUCUUUGAACAAUUUCGAUGAGAUGCAUAUUUGGAUGUCUGAAAUGUGUGUUCCUUUGGUGAGAGAAAUCACAUUCGAAAAUGCAGAGGAGCUAACAGAAGAGGGCUUGCCAUUCCUCAUUCUAUUUCAUGCUCCAGAAGAUAAAGAAAGCAUCAAAAGAUAUACAGAAAUAGUAAUGACAGAUUUGAUCUCAGAAAAACAGAGUAUAAACUUCCUCACAGCGGAUGGAAAGAGAUUUGCCCAUCCGUUGCAUCAUCUCGGAAAAAGCGAUAAAGACUUACCUUUGAUAGCAAUAGACAGCUUCAGACAUAUGUACCUUUUCCCUAAGUAUGAAGACAUUGAAGUACCUGGGAAACUCAAACAGUUCAUCAAAGAUUUGUACUCUGGCAAACUUCAUCGGGAGUUCCAUUAUGGUCCAGAAGAAACUAAUGAACUACCAGGAACUACUCCACCUGAAAGCACAUUCAGAAAACUAGCCCCAAGUAAAAAUAGGUACACUCUGCUCAGAGACGAGUUGUAAAAAUAUAUUUGUGAUUUCUCAAUUCUUCCUUACACAUUCUGUUUUUCUUUUCAACCAAAAAAAAAGGAUUUCAAUUUCACAUAGGGUGACAUCAAUAUUAUAUUAAGAAAAUGAAAUUCGGUUUUUUAUUGGAAUAAAAAAAUUCACUCUCAAGAUUAGAUAACAUCAAUAUUUUGUUGAGGAAAUGGAAUUGUUUUAAAUUAAUUUUUAUAUUCGAUUUAGUAGAUUAAGGCAGACACUAAUUUUUGUUGAAAUUCUUCGUUCUAACAUUUAAAAGCAUGAAAUGAAAUUUUUUAAAGAUGUUUGUUGAAUAAUUUUUUCUGGUGGGUGAUGGACAGCCUUACCAUUUGCGAUAUUUUUCAGUGCAUAUACAUAUUUUGUUAUAGCUGUUUUAGAUCUUUUAUUCGAAAUGAAAAGCUUUCUGUGAAGUAUUAUUUGAAUUUUGUACUCUAUUGAAUCGGCUUAAGAUCAUGUGAUUGAGUUUGUACAAAAAUUUUCAUUAAAAUUUUUGUUUUUACUGUUGUA